UAAUAAUCAAAAUAAGGGUGCCAGCACAUAUAAUGGGAGCACGACUACACCAUACAAUAAUGCUUACGGAGCUGAUGUAAAUGCAGCAUAUAAUUCAUCGACAACAGCUUAUAACCCGUAUAACCCGUAUAAUCAAGCGAGAUACUAUCAGCAGCAGUAUUCAUAUGGAUAUUAUCCUCAAGGACAAGGCCAGACUGCGACAACAGGUGAUUCAAGCUAUUACUACGGAUACUCAUCGACCGGAUAUCAAGCACCAGCGACAAAUUAUACAUCUGCGUAUUCGAAUGCUAGUGGCUAUUCUGCCACGUCAGGUACCUCUCAACAGUCGCAGCAUCAAUCCUUAUCCCCGUCAGCGUCAAGUCCAACGGGGUCAGUAGGAAGCGCAUACGAAGACAAAAGCAACACUGAUUAUCAUGCCGUUCCUCCACCAGAUUCAUAUGAUGAG